UGGAUAGAUAGAUAGCGAGACAUGUCAGGGUCAUUUGUUAGAGGAACGCAUACCACCAACUCCAUGUUUUCCAAGCUAAUGGGGAGGAAAACAUUCCAUAAGAAAAGCUCAUCUCCAGACAUGAUACGUGAGGACAUGAAAUUCGAAGGAGAGGAAGUAGUGAAGAAGAAGAGCCAUGAUAUUGGAGAUGGUGAUUGUAAUCAUGUGUGGGUUCCCCAUGAGAGAACAGGGAUUUAUUACCCCAAAGGCCAAGAGAAAGUGAUGGAAGAUGUUCCUCCAGCAGCCGUCGAGGACGUCGGAGUUAAUUGGUUUUCAUAAA